AUGGGGAAUCUUUGCUGCUGCAUCAGAAGAGAUGUCGGAAGAAGGAAGAAGUCCAAUCUUUCUCCGGCGAAGCAACCUCCACACGAAGUCGCACCUAAUCCCUUUGUAUUCUCCCCCGCGACGCCGUAUCCGAUGAUGAUGCCACCUCCUCCUUCCAUCGAGUACGAGAAAGCCGCCACGAUUCACAACGACGUUAAUCUGAGGAAGGAGACUCUGAGGCUCCAACCCGACCCGAACAACCCGGGUCAACUCCUUGUCUCCUUCUCGUUUGAUGUAACCGUUCCCGGAAGGAUUACUAUCGUUUUCUUUGCGGAAGAAGACUCAGAGUUUCAUCUCACAGCAACAAAGAAAGACACUUUGCCACCAAUCACUUUUGAUUUUGAAAAAGGAGGACUUGGUCAGAAGUAUGUACAACCAUCUGGAACUGGUAUAGACUUCUCAGUGUUUGAAGAUUCCGAGCUGUUCAAGGAGGGGGAAACAUGUAUCUAUCCACUCGCAAUUAAGAUGGAGGCGGUUCACUCUGAAGAAGUAAAGUCUGGAUCAAAGCAGAUUACUCAAGUGACGUUUGUGAAGGAGAAAAGUGAGAUCAAGCCAUGUGUGAGGAAGCAGUUCCUAUGGGUGAAUGGGUCGAGAUAUGAGUUGCAAGAUAUCUAUGGGAUUGGGGAAACGGUUGAUAUUGAUGCAAAAGAAUGCGUUGUAUGCUUGUCUGAACCACGCGAUACCAUUGUUCUUCCUUGCAGACACAUGUGUAUGUGUAGCGAAUGUGCUAAGGCGUUAAGGUUUCAGAAAAAUGAGUGUCCAGUUUGCAGACAACCUGCUGAGAGGCUUGUGGAGCUCGAGGGAAAACAGUAA